UUUCGCGUGUUCUGAUCGUCAUUUCCCGGUUCUGCUAUUUUAGUGCUUUCGUUGGUUUUCCCUAUCAAUAUUUUCCUCCUUAACCAUUGGUGUAAGUGUAACAUCUCAGUUAAGUGGUUAGUCGCACUAAUAAGCCCACCCCGUUUGUGUCGUCGCCUGUCUAGCCUACUGCUAAUGGUUUAAUGCGCUUAAACCACUUUUCUCGCCGCGUUAAGAAACUCCCCAGUCGAGGCGCCCGUGCAGAAAAUCGAACGCUUGUCCGUUCGGGUCCCCUGUUGCAACGUAUCCAUCCGAUUACGGAUUUCGAAGCCACCUUCCGCUUCGAUGAUUCAAACCUCUCCCGGUAAUUCUCGUUCAUCGUUUUUUGAGGGUAUCUUUCCUGGCGUUUUGGCCUCACCUAGCGAAUUGGUUGUGAUAUAUCUUUUUUUUUUUGUAGAUUGUCUGGUUCUUGUGAGAAUAUGAGGGAAUUGCCGUAAGCGUUUGCGUCUUGCCGCAAGGAUCCACGGGGUUUUGGUCCGAAGGCGAUCCAACCUAAGCGGGUUUUGAUGGUGGCUAGCUCCUGUUUCCUUCUCCGACGUAUGCAAAUGGACGUAUUAGCUGACAAUUAUCGAUGCCGAUGAGAAUUCGCGGUGUCACGUCGCAACUUUAAGAUCGCAACUUUAGACCUUCCAGAUGCUUAUACUUUCUAGACGUAGCAUCUACUGAGAACGAUUGUGAAGUCUCACCGGUCCCUCUGAUGCACAACGGAUGCGGUGUCGCUUUAAGAUCCAGUUCCCCAAUCAAACUCUCUUCAAUAGACGUUCCCGUUGAACCACUAUAAAAAACGCGCACGUCUUCACGGCCUUAUUGUCGCCAAAUACAACCACAGGAAUACGCCCUACUUCAAAGGCACCGGGAGACACCCGCAGCGCCUUCAUGGAAGAACCUGAUACCCAGAAGCAGUGUGCUGUUCAAGCGGAACCCUUAUAUGGACGAAGAUGGUAUCCUGAGAUUGAGUGGCCGGAUUGACCGUUGCCGUGUCGUGGAUCCGGCGACAAAGCGACCCAUCCUGCUACCGAGAAGACACCGCGUAACAGAGUUAAUCGUCGACGACGUCCAUCGCCGCUACAAGCACGGGAGCCAAGAGACUGUGGUCAACGAAGUGAGACAACGAUUCGAUAUUCCAGCUCUUCGGUCGGUGUGCAGACACGUACGUCUGCAGUGCAACAUGUGUAUGUUGCUGUAUGCUCGUCCGGUUUCGCCGCAGAUGUGUGAACUGCCAGCUGCGCGUCUUGCUGCAUAUAUGAUGCCCUUCUCAUACACGGGAAUAGACUACUUCGGCCCUAUGAUAGUUGCGAACGGACGGAAGACGGAAAAACGUUGGGGCGUUUUGUUUACAUGCUUGACGGUUCGAGCGAUCCACAUUGAGGUAGUGCGGUCACUGUCUACCAGUGACUGUCUGAUGGCGAUUCGCAGCUUCAUGGCGCGUCGUGGGACGCCGAUCGAGAUCAUCUCCGACCGAGGUACUAAUUUUGUUGGCGCUGAUCGGGAACUCAGAGAGGCAGCUGAACGGGUCAACUCGGCGAUCCUCAUCGAGUUCGGUCCGCCCGACCCAACGUGGAAGUUCAACCCCCCGGCAGCUCCCCAUUUCGGUGGAUCAUGGGAGAGAAUGAUUCAAUCGGUUAAACGGAUGCUGACUCGCACCCUGAAGGAGAGGCACCCCACGGACGCGGUACUGACAGCAGCGCUCAUCGAAGUAGAGAAUAUGCUAAAUUCUCGCCCGCUUACCCACGUUCCGGUCGAUGGUGAGGAUGAUGAGCCGUUAACCCCAAACCAUUUCUUGUUAGGAUCUUCCGCAGGGACGAAACCUUUGGUUCUGCAUGACGAUUCUCCCGCGGCCUUGCAGCAGAAUUGGAAAGCUGUGCAGGCCAGGAUGAAUGGCUACUGGAAGAAGUGGGUAAAAUCGUACCUGCCAACCCUGACAAGAAGGACGAAAUGGUUUGAACCACAUAAACCGAUCCAACCCGGAGAUGUCGUUAUUAUAGUUGACGAAAACAACCCGCGGAACUGUUGGCCGAGAGGAAGGGUGGAAAGUGUCAUUCCGUCUCGAGAUGGAAUCAUUCGUCGGGUCGUCGUAAGGACAGCACGCGGGACAACGCUGGAGAGGCCGGUGGUUAAGCUGGUCACGCUAAACGUCGCGCAAAAGGUUAUCGUUUAGCACAGCAAAACGACUGGUGGACUGUCACUUUAUGGUAACGACGAGAUCAUUGGAGGACGGCACGCGCGCCUUUUGUCAGCUUGUGCUACCGGCCACGAGGGAGCGCGUUGCUUCGGACGACAUCGGCGGACGGACCCGAAGCGAAGGAUGACGUGGUCUGGCGUGACGAUCGAGAUAACGAGGAAAGGUCCUUUCUUUUUGAUCCUGACCAGCGGGCCAAGCGGACGAAUUUUUAGUUUCGCAAAAUAAAGUAAAGUAUACUAAAGAA